AUGUUGAUAGCUCCAAGGUGGUUGCGGCAUUCAACUGUCAACAACAUUUCAUUUGAUCCUAUUCAACAAAUGAACAGCAUAACAAGGACAAACAAAAGUGAUGCUGAUGAUGGUACUUGGUCAGAUAAUCAAUCAGACUUCGAUAAUGAUGAAAAGUCAUCGAUGACUCAAUGUGAAACUGGUAUUGUGCUGACAGUGGCAGAUAAGAAUCGAUUAUCUUGGAAUCAAUUCCAUGUAAUAAAUAAUUAUUUAACUCAAUUAGGUACACCUGAAUUUUACGAACGCCUCAACGAGUUAAAGAAAUUACACAGUUCAUGGGGCAAGAAGCAACGGCAUGUAUAG